UGUUCGGUGUUCGUGCCGAACAUUUUCCGAACAUCCCUGACACUUCCUCUCCCUUUCUCACCCCCUCCAUAGUUUUUUUUGAUAAAAUAAUCGUUUGACUUUUAGAGAGAUCACUGUAGCUUAGACCCAAAAUUAAUUUAUUUAGCAGCUCAAAUAUAAAGAUAAACCCAAAAUUUAAUAAAUAUUAAAAAUAUUUUUAUUCAAUUUCUCAACAAAAAACACAAUUUAUACCAAAUUUAGUAAACAUAUUCAAAAAUAUUAAAUGUCCGCGCAACAAUUUUCUUCUCCUCCCUCCCCUGCCUCAACAUUUUUUACUAGCACAUCUUUGCCAAUCCUAUGCCUCAUUGAUUGGCACUCACCAAAGUGCCGAGAACAGCAUUAUCAAAUUCCUGCACCUAAAUUUUCCUCGGCACAAUUUUUGCAUUUAAGUGAAUCAAAUGAAGACAAUAAUGAUUAUUUAAAUAAUGAAAAUGGUAAAUUAAAAAAUAAAUUUUUGGGGAUAUUUUUUUAUUUUUUGGAAUUUCUUAUUUUUAAUUUUUUGAAUUACAUACUUAUAAAUCAUUGUUGA